AUGGGCUUCGAACUCUUGUUGCUUUACUUCUGUUACAAGACUUAUGCUCUGCAAUCAAAAUCUGCAUUAAACACGUCAAUAGUAAAAACAUCGAAUGGAAGUGUUCAGAGCUCCACAACAGCAGCAACCUCUGCAUCAGCCCAUGUGUCAACAAGUACAGCUUCACCAAUAACUAAAAAGAGCUCGACUGAGGUGUCAUCAACUGAAGCAACAACAAUGACUACGUCACUCCCAUCGCCUCAUGAGUCAUCUUCUAUUUCAACAACAUCAGGAACAGAAACUCUUUCUACAUCUAUUCAAAUCUCCACAAUUUUACCUUCGACAAGCUCAGCAACACCAAUCAAUACCAGUGAAGCAUCCACAACACAAACAACCAUCCUAAUGACAGUGGAGCCUCCCAUUGUACCUGCAACAGUCAACCCAAAUGAAGGAAUCCAGGAAAAAGAAUUCAACAUAACCUUCACUGUUCUCAAACUUCCUUUCAUAUCGAACCUUCAGAAUCACAAUUCCUCAUCAUAUAAAGCUGAAUCAAACAACAUUCUUGAUGCACUCAGUAAGGUGAUUGCCAAAAGCGAUGUAAAAUCGUUUUUGCAUUGUCGGUCUGUAUCGUUCAGACCUGCAAGUGAUGGAAACAGUACAGUUGAAGUAAUCUGCACCUUCAAGAUGAGCACCAACACCCCUCAAGUUGAUAAAGUUGGACUCUAUCACAAAUUCCAAAACAAUACAAAAGGCAUCACCACCUUAGGACCAUAUACACUGGACAGCAAUAGCCUCUAUGUAGAUGGUUACCAUGAAUCAACUGUCGUAACCACAGCAGAAGCAUCAACAGCAAAUACACAAACGUCCACAGAAGCACUGACCUCUACAACAGCUCGUGCCUCACCCAGUCCAGCAGCGGAAACAUCUACAGCAAGCUCGACACAUACAUCAACAUCUGAAGCAACGACAGUGUCGUCGCUCGCCACGACAACUGCAGUAGCAACAAAAGCUUCGACUGCAAAUAAACAGCCAACCGCUGCACUACCAACCUCUACAACAGCUCGUGCCUCACCCAGUCCAGCAGCAGAAACAUCUACAGCAAGCUCGACACAGACAUCAACAUCUGAAGCAACGACAGUAACAUUAAUCCCUUCAACAAAUGAAACAUUGAUUGAAAGUACACAAGUCUCCACAACAAAAUUGCACUCUACAUCAAGUAAAUUAACUCCAGCAAUUACCGUGAGAUUUGCUGAAGUGUCGACAACUGAAACAACAACAAUCACAAAAUUAGCAAGUGUGGAACCCCCGAUUAUACCUGCAACAGGCAAUCCAAAUGAAGGAACUCAGGAAAGAGAAUUUAACAUAACCUUCACUGUGCUCUCACUGCCAUUCACACCUAAUCUACAAAAUCUCAGCUCUCCAUUGUACCUGGCUGUAUCAAGUAGCAUUCUUGACAAACUCAGUAAUCUGUAUGUCAAUAGCAAAGUGAAAUCAGCGUUCUUGAGAUGUCAAUCUGCAUCUUUUAGGCCUGCAAGUGAUGGCAACAGUACAGUAGAGGCAAUCUGCACCUUCAAAAAGAGUGCUGAUACCUCUCAAACUGAUAAAGUUAAACUCUACCAUGAAUUCCAAAAUAACACAAAGGGCAUCACCGCCUUAGGAAAUUAUACACUGGACAGCAGUAGCCUCUAUGUAGAUGGUUACCAUGAAUCAGCUGUUUUAACCACGACAGUACCUACUGUAACCAUGACACAAACUCCAAGCUUUGAAGAGAAGCCCAUUGAAUUCAACGUGACCUUUGUUAUCACUAACUUACAGUUUACUGAGAGUCUACAUAAUCCCACUUCUUCACUCUACAACUCUGUGUCAAAGAAUAUUUCCCAUCAGCUCACUGACCUGUACAACAACAGCAAGAUUAAUGCAAGAUUUUCAGAUUGUAAAGCAGUUUCCUUCAGGCCUGCAGAUGUUGGUAAUACCCAUGUGUUCGCAAUCUGUACAUUCAGAAACAAUUCUGAUCCUCAGGAGGUGAACAGAAUUACCAUGUACCGUGCAUUCCGAGACAACACCAAGAAUAUCUCCACUUUCGGAAUAUAUACAUUGGACAGUAACAGCCUCUUUGUCAAUGGGUACCAUGAAACAAUGCCCCUACCAACGACAUUACCAGCUGAGAGCACAACAAAAUCUCCAAGCUUCGAAGGGACACCCAUUGAGUUCAACGUGACCUUUGUUAUCACCAACUUACAGUUUACAGAGAGUCUACGUAAUUCCAGUUCUUCACUAUACAACUCUGUGUCAAAGAAUAUUUCCUAUCAGCUCACUGACCUGUAUAACAACAGCAAGAUUAAUUCAAGAUUUACAGAUUGUAAAGCAGUUUCCUUCAGGCCAGAAGAUGUUGCUUAUACCCGUGUGUACACAAUUUGUACAUUUAGAAACGAUUCUGAUCCUCAGGAGGUGAACAGAAUUACUGUGUACCAUGCAUUCCGAGACAAUACCAAGAAUAUCUCUACAUUAGGAGCUUACAGAUUGGACAGUAACAGCCUCUACGUCAAUGGGUACCACGAAUCGACUCUUUUACCAACGACAUUACCAACUGCGAGCACAACAAAAACUUCAAGCCUCGAAGGGACACCCAUUGAGUUCAACGUGACCUUUGUUAUGACUAACUUACAGUUUACAGAGAGUCUACGUAAUUCCAGUUCUUCGCUCUACAACGCUGUGUCAAAGAAUAUUUCUAAUCAGCUGACUGACCUGUAUGACAAGAGCAAAAUUAAUGCAAGAUUUUCAGAUUGUAAAGCUGUUUCUUUCAGGCCUGCAAAUGUUGCUAAUACCCGUGUGUACAUAAUCUGUACAUUCAGAAACAAUCCUGAUCCUCAGGAGGUGAACAGAAUUACUGUGUACCGUGCAUUCCGAGACAACACCAAGAAUAUCUCUGCAUUAGGAACAUAUACAUUGGACAGUAACAGCCUCUAUGUCAAUGGGUACCAUGAAUCGACUCCUUUACCGACGACAUUACCAAACGUGAGCACAACACAAACUCCAAUCAUCAAAGGAAAUCCCAUUGAAUUCAACGUGACCUUUGUUAUCACUAACUUAGAGUUUACAGAGAGUCUACGUAAUUCCAGUGCUUCGCUAUACAAUGCUGUGUCAAGUAAUAUUUCCUAUCAGCUCACUGACCUGUACAACAAGAGCAAAAUUAACACAAGCUUUUCAGAUUGUAAAGCUGUUUCCUUCAGACCAGCCGAUGUUGCUAGUACUCGUGUGUACGCAAUCUGUACAUUCAGAAACAAUUCUGAUCCUCAGGAGGUGAACAGAAUUACUGUGUACCAUGCAUUCCGAGACAACACCAAGAAUAUCUCUGCAUUAGGAACGUAUACAUUGGACAGUAACAGCCUCUGCGUCAAUGGAUACCAAGAAUCAACUCCUUUACCGACAACAUUUCCACCUGUGACCACAACAUCAAGUCUCAAAGAGAAGCCCAUUGAAUUCAAUGUGACCUUUGUUGUCACUAACUUACAGUUUACUGAGAAUCUACAAAAUUCCAAUUCUUCGCUGUACAAUGCUGUGUCAAAGAAUAUUUCCUACCAGCUCACUGACGUGUACAACAAGAGCAAAAUAAAUGCACGAUUUUCAGAUUGCCAAACUGUUUCUUUCAGGCCUGCAGAUGUAGCUAAUACCCGUGUGUACGUACUCUGUACAUUCAGAAACGAUUCUGAUCCUCAGGAGGUGAACAGAAUUACUAUGUACCAUGCAUUCCGAGAUAACACCAAGAAUAUCUCUACAUUAGGAGCAUAUACAUUGGACAGUAACAGCCUCUACGUCAAUGGUUACCAUGAAAUAACUCCUUUACCCACGACAUUACCAACUAUGACCACAACACAAACUCCAAGUGUCAAAGAAAAGCCUGUUGAAUUCAGCGUGACCUUUGUUAUCACCAACUUAGAGUUUACAGAGAGUCUACAAAAGUCAAAUUCUUCAUUGUACAGCUCUGUGACAAAGAAUAUUUCCUAUCAGCUCACUGACCUGUACAACAACAGUAAAAUUAAUGCAAGAUUUUCGGAUUGUAAAGCUCUUUCCUUCAGGCCAGAAGAUGUUGCUUAUACCCGUGUGUACGCAAUCUGUACAUUCAGAAAUGAUUCUGAUCCUCAGGAGGUGAACAAAAUUACCGUGUACCGUGCAUUCCGAGACAACACCAAGAAUAUCUCUACAUUAGGAGUAUAUACAUUGGACAGUAACAGCCUCUACGUCAAUGGUUACCAUGAACUAAUCCUUCCUCCCACAAUAUCGCCGAUCAUGAGCACCACUUCACACCCAGAAAUGAAGACCCUUGAUUUUAAUGUGACCUUUAUUAUAACUAACUUGGCCCCAACAACAACUCUACAAAACUCGACAACUGCACUAUACAAAUCUGCAGCAAAUAUAAUUGCUUUCCAGCUGGGCUCAUUAUUCAAUAACAGCAAUAUCAAAACAACAUUCUCAAGCUGCAGAGUUAUGUCUUUGAGCUUGGCAAAGAAUGAUGCCACCAGCAUGUAUGCGAUCUGCACAUUUAGAAAUGAUUCUACUGCUCAGGAGGCCAAUAAAGUUACUGUGUAUCACGAGUUCAGAGACAACACAAGGAACAUCUCAACCCUAGGAAGCUAUUUACUGGACAAUAACAGCCUUUAUGUAAAUGGUUACCAUGAAUCAACUCCAUCAUCAACGGUAUCACCAAUUAUAAGCACAACUCAAAGCCUUCAAGCACAACCCUUUGAUUUCAAUGUGACCUUCAUUAUUACUAAACUGAUCCUUACUGCAAAUCUACAGUUUCCCUAUUCUGCCCUGUACAAAUCUACAGCAAACAUAAUUACUUAUCAGAUGAACAACCUGUUUAAUAACAGCAAGAUCAACAGAACAUUCUCAAGCUGUAGAGUUCGCUCUUUCAGCUUGGCAAGUAUUGAGGACACCAGUGUGGACGCAGUCUGCACUUUCAGAAAUGACUCUAACCGUGAGGAAGUUAAUAAAGUCACCGUGUACCACACAUUCAGAGACAACACAAAGAGCAUCUCCACCUUAGGACCAUAUUCACUGGACAAUAACAGUCUCUAUGUAAAUGGUUACCACGAAUCUGUUCCUUCUUCCACCAUGUCACCAAUUAUGAGCACAACUGUAAACGUGCAAACAAAGCCGUUUGAUUUCAAUGUGACUUUCAUUAUUACUAACCUGAUCCUGACUGCAACUCUACAAUCUCCUAGUUCUGCAUUGUAUAAAUCUGCAGCAAAUAUUAUUGCUUACCAGAUGAACAGCCUAUUUAAUAACAGCAAGAUCAACAGAUCAUUCUCAAACUGUAGAGUUCGCUCUUUCAGCCUGGCAAAUAUGGAGGACACCAGCGUGGAUGCAGUCUGCACCUUCAGAAACGACUCUAAUCCUCAGGAAGUUAAUAAGUUCACUGUAUACCACAUAUUCAGAGACAAUACAAAGAGCAUCUCCACCUUAGGAGGAUAUUCACUGGACACUAACAGUCUCUACGUAAAUGAUUAUCAUGAAUCUGUUCCUUUGUCCACGGUAUUGCCAGUUAUGAGCACAACUCCAAACCUUCAGCCUUUUGAUUUCAAUGUGACCUUUAUUAUUACUAAUUUGGCCCUGACUGCAACUCUACAAUCAUCCAGUUCUGCACUGCACAAAUCUGCAGCAAAUAUUAUUGCUUAUCAGAUGAACAACCUGUUUAGUAACAGCAAGAUCAACAAAACAUUCUUAAGCUGUAACGUUCAUGCUUUCAGUCUGGCAAAUAUUGAGGACACCAGUGUAGAUGCAGUCUGCACUUUUGGAAAUGACUCUAAUCCUCAGGAAGUUAAUAAAGUCACCAUAUACCAUACAUUCAGAGACAACACAAAGAGCAUCUCCACCUUAGGAGCAUAUUCACUGGACACUAACAGUCUCUACAUAAAUGAUUACCAUGAAGCUGUUCCGUCUUCCACUGUACCACCGAUGAUGAGCACAAGUCCAAACCUGCCAACAAAGCCUUUUGAUUUCAAUGUGACCUUCAUUAUUACUAACCUGGCCCUGACUGCAACACUACAAUCUUCCAGUUCUGCACUGUACAAAUCUGCAGCAAAUAUUAUUGCUUAUCAGAUGAACAACCUGUUUACCAACAGCAAAAUCAACAGAACAUUCUUAAGCUGCAAAGUUUGCUCUUUCAGCCUGGCAAAUAUUCAGGACACCAGUGUGGAUGCAGUCUGUUCUUUCAGAAAUGACUCUAAUCCUCAGGAAGUUAAUAAAGUCACCGUAUACCACACAUUCAGAGACAACACAAAGAGCAUUUCUGCCUUAGGAGCAUAUUCACUGGACCAUACCAGCCUCUAUGUCAAUGUAUCACCAACUGUGAGCACAACACCAAACCUGCAAACACAGCCUUUCGAUUUCAAUGUGACCUUCAUUAUUACUAACCUGGCCCUGACUGUAACACUACAAUCUUCCAGUUCUGCACUGUACAAAUCUGCAGCAAAUAUUAUUGCUUAUCAGUUAAAUAACCUGUUUACAAACAGCAAGAUCAACAGAACAUUCUCAAGAUGUAGAGUUCGUUCUUUCAGCCUGGCAAAUAUUCAGGACACCAGUGUGGAUGCAGUCUGUUCUUUCAGAAAUGACUCCAAUCCUCAGGAAGUUAAUAAAGUCACCAUAUACCACACAUUCAGAGACAAUACAAAGAGCAUCUCCACUUUAGGAGCAUAUUCACUGGACACUAACAGCCUCUAUGUCAAUGAUUACUACGAAUCUGUUCCUUCCUCCACAGUAUCACCAACUGUGAGCACAACACCAAACUUGCAAACACAGCCUUUCGAUUUCAAUGUGACCUUCAUUAUUACUAACCUGGCCCUGACUGCAACACUACAAUCUUCCAGUUCUGCACUGUACAAAUCUGCAGCAAAUAUUAUUGCUUACCAGCUAAAUAACCUGUUUACAAACAGCAAGAUCAACAAAACAUUCUCAAGCUGUAGAGUUCGUUCUUUCAGCCUGGCAAAUAUUGAGGACACCAGUAUGGAUGCAGUCUGUUCUUUCAGAAAUGACUCCAAUCCUCAGGAAGUUAAUAAAGUCACCGUAUACCACACAUUCAGAGACAAUACAAAGAGCAUCUCCACUUUAGGAGCAUAUUCACUGGACACUAACAGCCUUUAUGUCAAUGAUUACCACGAAGCUGUUCCCUCCUCCACUGAAGAGCCAGUUGUGAUAGUGACACAAUCUCCAAAUGAGGGGACAAGAUCCACUGACUUUAAUGUCACCUUCACAAUUAGUAACCUGACAUUCAUACCAGAUUUGCAAAACCUUGGUUCUUCUCCGUAUCAAGCUACAUCAAGCCAUGUUAUUAAUUUGCUCAGAAAUCUCUACAGAAAAAGCAAGAUAAAGAAAGCAUUCUUACAUUGUAAACUUGCAUCUUUCAGGCCUGGAAAUGAAGGCAAGACUAAGGUUGAAGCAAUCUGUUCUUUUAAAAAUAACCCCACUGUGAAUGAAGUUGAUAAAGCCAUUGUUUAUAAUGAGUUCAGAGACAACACUGAGAAAAUCACUGCAUUGGGAGAAUAUGCAUUGAACAAAGACAGCCUUUAUGUAAAUGGCUAUCAAGAAUUGAAACCAACUAUAACACCAACUGUAACUUUACCUGCAGUCCGGGAAGGAGACUUGCCAUUUGAGCUUAACUUCACAAUAAUAAACAGAAAUUUUACUGAAGCACUUAAUGACAUAAAUUCUCCUGAAUAUCAAAGCAUUGCUGCCAACAUUACCAGGAUGCUCACAGGAUUAUUUAAAAAGAGCUCUUUGAAGAAGAGUUACCGCACCUCUAAAGUUACAGGGCUUAGACAUGGUUCAGUUAAAUGCACCUGCUUGAGCUACUUCAACCUCGACAAUACAAAUGAACUAGUAACAGCAGAAGAAGUCAGAACAGAAUUCGCUAUUGGAACAAAUGAAACAACCUUACUUGGAAAUCUCUAUCAGCUAAAAAGUAACAGCUUAACAGUGGAAGCUAAAGCACCGAUUUCCAGUAACAAAGUAGAAAUUCCAUACUGGGGAAUCAUACUCAUCGUUCUAACUGCACUCCUUAUUCUAUUUCUGUUCGUCCUUGGAGGUAUACUGAUUGCAUUGUGCUUGAAAAGAAAGUACCAGGGGUCCUACAACAUGAUGCAAAACCCUGCUGGCUUCUACUUUCCACAUCAAAAAUUCUACUGACAAGAAGCAUUAAUGAUAAGAAAAAUCUGGUGAUAAACAGCAAAAAUGCAAAUUAGAAAAUGAUUAAAGUAGAAAUAGCAUGUUACAAUUAUGUAACUAAAUGGAACUAAUCCAAAUGAAUUAUUUGUUGCAACUCUCUGCAUUCCUCUAUGAAACUUUUCAGACUUUACUUGAAGAAAAGCACUGAAGGAAAAUAGCAGUCAAAGAAUAUUUUAUACUGAUGACAAAAUGUUCAGGUAUUAAAGCUAAAAAAUAUUAAAAGAGGCAAAUGCUUGUCACACUCCUCUGUCUUGAAUAUUUUCAUUGUGUAUCAGCUGCAGUAAAUUAUUAUCAUCAGUCCAUACAUC